AUGAAAGUUCCUUCCAACCUCUCUAUGGAUGUUGAACGUAAUCACAAACAUUUGGAGGAGGCGUUGCUAUGGCAACUGAAGGCUUCUGCGCAGACUCGAACACGCAAAGCUCCGCCUUCACGACCGCCUGUUGCUGCCGCAUCUGCCGCGCGCCAGUCAACUCCUGGCCCUCAUGGACCUACAUCUGGAAUAUUUGAAUCGAUAAUCAGCAAUAUUCCUGUCAAUAAGGCUGAUUAUUAA